UCGGCUGCACUGCGCACGCGUGAUCCCAGCUGAGCCCCGGUAAGUUGCAAGUGGACGUCGCUCCUUUUUCCCAUUUUCUUUUUUUGUAGGGGGUCUAUAUUUUUAUUGGUGUAUUGAGAUGAAGCUCCCAGUGCCUCGUUGUGGAUAAAGUGCGCUCUCGCCAGCAAACAGAAGAAGGAAGCAGAGCAACAACAACCAGAAACAGAUUACAUCUUCAGUUUAUGAAUGGCCCCGACAUGGAGGACGCGCCGUUUGAGAAAGUCCGAAGCCGGCGGAAGAGAAGUCCGUGUCCGCCGGGCUUCCCCGUGAGCAGCAUCGCCUGCGAGGACGAGUUCGACUGUAAGGAGCUGGAGUCUCUCUUCCAAAACUAUAACCUGAAGCUGGAGCAGACGUCCACGCUCAAGGCUCUCGCCGUGCUUAUCGUCAUGUCGUCGGCACUGGCCGGCGCGGAGCUCCUCGGCGGCCCCGGUCACCUUACCAUCUCCAAGGGCUCGCACCCGGUGCACUGCGUCGUCUUCACGUCGCUCUUCAUCGUCACCAACGUCAAGUACCUGCAGGUGACCCAGUUGCAGCAGAUCGUCAACCUGAGCCUGCUCUUCGGUUUCACCUUCGCCUUCUUGUGCUGUCCCUUCUCGCUGGGAGUCACCGGCUCUGAGCCUCAGACGUCGCCCGAUCAGGGUGUGUGGCAGCUGGUCCUGGUCACCUUUGUCGCCUACGCGCUGCUGCCCGUCCGCACUUUGCUGGCUGUGCUCUUUGGGCUCAUGGUGUCCGUCUCGCACCUCAUUGUAACAGCCACUUCUGUCAGGACGCAGAAACUGUGGAGGACGCUGGUGGCUAACACGGUGCUUUUCACCAGCGUCAACCUGUCAGGCCUGUUUGUGCGCAUCCUGACUGAGCGAGCGCAGAGGAAGGCCUUCCUACAGGCACGAGACUGCAUAGAAGAGCGACUCCGGAUGGAGGACGAGAAUGAAAAGCAGGAGCGCCUGCUCAUGAGUUUGUUGCCCAGGAACGUAGCCAUGGAGAUGAAGGAGGAUUUCCUGAAGCCUCCAGAAAGGAUCUUUCACAAAAUCUACAUCCAGCGUCACGACAAUGUCAGCAUCCUGUUUGCAGACAUUGUAGGCUUCACCAGCUUGGCCUCCCAGUGCACCGCCCAGGAACUUGUUAAACUCCUCAAUGAGCUUUUUGGGAAGUUUGACGAGCUCGCCACGGAAAACCACUGUCGGCGGAUUAAGAUCCUGGGAGACUGUUACUACUGCGUGUCCGGACUGACACAGCCUAAGACGGACCACGCUCACUGCUGUGUGGAAAUGGGACUGGACAUGAUUGACACCAUAACGUCAGUGGCAGAGGCCACGGAGGUCAACCUCAACAUGCGUGUGGGCCUGCACACGGGUCGGGUGCUGUGCGGGGUACUAGGCCUCAGGAAAUGGCAGUACGACGUGUGGUCCAAUGAUGUCACACUCGCCAACGUGAUGGAAGCCGGAGGACUGCCUGGUAAGGUCCACAUCACAAGAUCCACCCUGGAGUGCCUGAACGGCGACUAUGAGGUGGAGCCAGGAAACGGUCACGAGCGCAACGCCUUCCUACAAAAACACGAGAUUGAGACUUUCUUUAUCGUGCCAUCUCACCGACGCAAGAUAUUCCCGGGAUUGAUUCUUUCGGAUAUCAAGCCGGCCAAAAAGAUGAAGUUCAAGACCGUGUGCUACUUGCUAGUACAGCUCAUGCACUGCAGGAAGAUGUUCAAGGCCGAGAUACCCUUCUCCAAUGUCAUGAACUGUGAGGACGGUGAUAAGCGGAGGGCCAUGAGGACGGCACCACAGAAGCUGAGAAACCGGCCCAACGCCAACCAAGCCAACGUGGUUCAGAGCAGCCCCAGAACGCGGGUCAACCGCUACAUAGGGCGUCUGAUCGAGGCCCGGCAGACCGAGUCGGAUACGGCUGACCUCAACUUCCUAACGCUCAUGUACAAGUGCUCGGAGCGUGAGCAGAGGUACCAUCAGGUUCCGGAUGAGUACUUCACCAGCGCCGUGGUUCUGUCUCUGAUCCUCGCUGCCUUGUGUGGCCUUGUCUAUCUUCUCAUCAUACCACAGGGAACAGUGGUGCUGGUGCUGCUUGUUUUCUGCAUCUGUUUCCUGGUUGCGUGCAUCAUGUACCUACAUAUCACCAGAGUACAGUGUUUUCCAGGGUGCCUGACAAUUCAGAUUCGCACUGCUCUCUGCAUUCUCAUAGUGCUGUUAAUCUACGCUGUUGCCCAAGCUUGUGUGGUUGGCUGCAUGCCUUGGCUGUGGGGUUCCACCAAGACCAACAGCUCCAUUUUCAUCAUUGAUAAAGACGGCGGUGGCAACCGUACCAUGGCCGAGCUGCCCUGUGAGGGUGCUCGGUACGCCUUCCUGUCAUGCGCAGUUGGCACACUCACCCUGGCGCUAUUUCUGCGCAUCCCCUGGCUGCCCAAGAUGGCGCUGAUGCUCCUGCUGGGUGUGCUGUACGUCACCGUGUUGGAGCUGAGUGGUUUUCGCAAGACCGCCGGUGGGGGGUCCUUCCACAUCCGGGGUUAUGAGCCCAUCCUGUCUCUGUUGCUCUUCGUCUGUGCUCUGGCCCUCCACUCCAGGCAGCUUGACCUCAAACUGCGUUUGGACUUCCUCUGGGCUGUCCAGGCAGAGGAGGAAAGGGAUGGGAUGGAAAAAGUCAAACUAGACAACAGGCGGAUCUUGUUCAAUCUGUUGCCGGCACAUGUGGCCCAACACUUCCUGCUGUCCAACCCCAGAAACAUGGUGAGCCCAGCUCAUAAACAGGCAGACACACACAAACAGGAUCUCUACUACCAGUCCUAUGCACAAGUAGGUGUCCUGUUUGCCUCCAUUCCAAACUUCAAUGACUUUUACAUUGAGUUGGAUGGCAACAACAUGGGAGUGGAGUGCCUGAGACUGCUCAAUGAGAUCAUUGCAGACUUCGACGAGCUCAUGGACAAAGAGUGCUACAGAGACAUCGAGAAGAUUAAGACAAUUGGCAGCACGUACAUGGCGGCCGUAGGCCUCGUCCCAACCAUUGGAGCCAAGGCCAAGAAGUCAAUUUAUGACCACCUGAGCACAAUUGCGGACUACGCCAUCGAAAUGUUUGACGUGUUGGAUGAAAUCAACUAUCAGUCUUAUAAUGAGUUUGUCUUGAGAGUGGGCAUCAAUGUUGGCCCAGUGGUGGCGGGGGUUAUCGGGGCACGGCGACCCCAGUAUGACAUCUGGGGGAAUACGGUCAAUGUGGCCAGUCGCAUGGACAGCACGGGAGUACCCGGAAAGAUACAGGUGACAGAGGAAGUCUACCGCCUGCUGAACUCUGACUACGACCUGGUGAGUCGCGGCAAAGUGAGCGUGAAGGGCAAAGGGGAAAUGCUGACUUACUUCUUGGAAGGCAAAGUGCAGGGUGUGGGCACAGCCACCACCUCUUCCGUGGUGCGUUCAGCCAGCCUAGCGCGCCGCAUCCACUCUUGCGGCAAGACCAGUGUGCCCGCUAACCUGGGCAGCAUCUCCUCUGUCGCCGCCACCUCCAACAGCCAGCCGACAUGCUUGCCCUCUUCACGUGUGCCUGCGGUGGGUGAGGUAGAGGAAGAAGAGGAGGAUAUAGAUGUGACAGAGAUUGAGAUUGAGGCCACGGCGACUGCGGCUAAUGCUGCGGUGUAGACGCAAACAAAAGCGUGACCUCAGUGAAGGCAAGAAGAACCAAGAUGGAGGCCUUGAGGAGGGCGGCCUGCAUGUUUCCUGCAGGUGCGACGCACAUUCAGGAAAUGAGUCCAGACAAUCAUACUUGCCGUUUUUUUUUUUUUUUUAAGGGAAUGUCAGCUGCUUGACACCCCCUCAGACACAGCAUCCUUUAUUUGCAGGUAAAAUCUCUGCAAAAGGUAUAUUCUGCAGUAUUUGUAUUAAUUGAAGAAAAGCAAACAAAAACACUGAUGUUGCUGUUGCUUUUGCACUGUCUUUCUAAUGAUGCCAAGGAUGCAUUGCAUUAUUUACAAGUGUCGCAGUAUUUCUUUUUAUGGUGCGCAUAAACAAACUUGCGUGUGUUUGCGAGUGUAUGGUGGUGUGUGAUUAUAUGAUGCAGCACAAUGACAUUUUAACACAUUUGCUGACACAUUCCUGAUUACCAGGGCAUCACUUUUCACAACUUGACAGCCAUAGCUAUAAUUUCCCCUUAAAUGGAAACCAAAGUAUUGAGCUAUAGAAUGCAGCAUCUACUAUAUGACCACAUGCGACUCUUUCAAGCACCUUCAGAUAAGCUAAAAUGUGUGUUUUUAAAACCGUAUUCAGAGAAACUACAGUGGAACCUUUGAGGUCAAAUGCGAUUUGUUGAAAGAGGUUUCAGAUUUGGAACAAAUGUAAUCUGGUUUUGGGUCAAAUUGUUGCAUUACUUUUACAUAAUGAUUUAAUCCUUGUUACUAAUGAGAUGUUAAAACAACACUUUUCAGUCAUAAAUUAUCAGUCAUUUAAGUUUAUACGGUUAAUAAGAGAUAAUAGCAGUCAAAUUGUAGUCUAACUAUGAUGGAAGUGAAAACAAGUUUGUCCCAUUAAUAAUAAUAUGAUGGGAUAACAUUUUUCAACUGAUCUAGGACAAUUUUAAAUUGUUGAAUAUUAAUAUGAAAUCAGGUUUUUACGCUAAACUGAUACUUACAUACAGUGGGGCAAAUAAGUAUUUAGUCAACCACCAAUUGUGCAAGUUCUCCUACUUGAAAAGAUUAGAGAGACCUGUAAUUGUCAACAUGGGUAAACCUCAACCAUGAGUGACAAAAUGUGGGAAAAAAAACAGAAAAUCACAUUGUUUGAUUUUUAAAGAAUUUGUCGAAGGAUACCAAAGACAAAAUUGUUGUCCUGCACCAGGCUGGGAUGACUGAAUCUGCAAUAGGUAAAACGCUUGGUGUAAAGAAAUCAACUGUGGGAGCAAUUAUUAGAAAAUGAAAGACAUACAAGACCACUGAUAAUCUUCCUCGAUCUCGGGCUCCAUGCAAAAUCUUACCCCGUGGCGUCAAAAUGAUGACAAAAACGGUGAGCAAAAAUCCCAGAACCAUACGGGGGGACCUAGUGAAUGACCUACAGAGAGCUGGGACCACCGUAACAAAGCCUACUAUCAGUAACACAAUGCGCCGCCAGGGACUCAAAUCCUGCACUGCCAUACGUGUCCCCCUGCUGAAGAAAGUGCAUGUCCAGGCCCGUCUGCGGUUCGGUAGAGAGCAUUUGGAUGAUCCAGAAGAGGACUGGGAGAAUGUGUUAUGGUCAGAUGAAACCAAAAUAGAACUUUUUGGUAGAAACACAGGUUCUCGUGUUUGGAGGAGAAAGAAUACUGCAUUGCAUCCGAAGAACAUCAUACCCACUGUGAAGGGGGGGGUGGAAACAUCAUGCUUUGGGGCUGUUUUUCUGCAAAGGGACCAGGACGACUGAUCUGUGUAACGGAAAGAAUGAAUGGGGCCAUGUAUCGAGAGAUUUUGAGUGAAAAUCUCCUUCCAUCAGCAAGGGCAUUGAAGAUGAGACGUGGCUGGGUCUUUCAGCAUGACAAUGUCCCAAACACACUGCCAGGGCAACAAAGGAGUGGCUUUGUAAGAAGCAUUUCAAGGUCCUGGAGUGGCCUAGCCAGUCUCCAGAUCUCAACUCCAUAGAAAAUCUGUGGAGGGAGUUGAAAGUCCGUGUUGCCCAACAACAGACCCAAAACAUCACUGCUCUAGAGGAGAUCUGCAUGCAGGAAUGGGCCAAAAUACCAGCAACAGUGUGUGAAAAGCUUGUGAUGAGUUACAGAAAAUGUUUGGCCUCCGUUAUUGCCAACAAAGGGUACAUAACAAAGUAUUGAGAUGAACUUUUGGUAUUGACCAAAUACUUAUUUUCCACCAUGAUUUGCAAAUAAAUUCUUUAAAAAUCAAACAAUGUGAUUUUCUGUUUUUUUUUUUCCUCCACAUUCUCAUGGUUGAGGUUUACCCAUGUUAACAAUUACGUGGCCUCGCUAAUAUUUUCUAGUGGGAGAACUUGCACAAUUAGUGGUUGACUAAAUACUUACUGUAUUUGCCCCACUGUAUAUAUGUAGACCUCUUACUUAAAACAAAAUCACAAACAAGCAACAACAACAAAAAACAUGUGACCAUCGUUGUAAAAGUUGACUAGAUUGAGCAAAACCAAUGUGAAGUUUGAAUUUAGCAUAUCAAAAAUGUAUUGUUGACCAGUAUCAUUAAAAAAUUGGUAAGAAAAAAAAAAUCCUUUUAAUUUUGAUUAAGAAUUGCUGGUAUAGAAAGGCAAAAAAAAGCUGCAUUGUACAGGACAAUGUGCCCAACCCAAAAAAGUAAAACAUUGCAAACUGAAACACAAGAGGAAUGGCAAAAUAAUCAUUUUCCAAUUUUGUGGUUUUUAGAGGUUCCACUGUUGCUGCCUCAACCCGAUUAUACUGACCAGUUUAUGUUUGUUAUGUAUGCAGUCAACAAACAAAUUGUGCCAUUGUUGGGAAAAAAAAAAAAACCUGCAGGCAUGGCGCAGUUACAUACAACAUGAGCGACAAAGCUAUGGCCAGUGGGCCAUAUGUGUGCAAUUAUAGAAACAACAGGACUCUUAAACCACUCAUGCGCCUAAUAUUUCAUGGUCACAAUUAUUUGGGGGUCUUAAUGUCAUGGGGAAAAAAGUGUUACCCAACCUUCACACGUGUCACAGUCACAAAUGUACAGAAUUGCACUUAGGACAUGAGUGGACACUAAAGUCCCACAUUCUACUUACAGUAUACAGUUCACUCCCGCAUAUUUGCUGUUCAGCAAUAUUUGAGAACACGUCCUGCGUUAUUCGUGAGAAAUCUCACUUUUUCUUUGAAAUUUGAAAUGCAUGUGCCAGGGCUCAUCUUCCACUACAAGAGGAUUUGGAUUUCUUCCUCAUUAACUGCCAUUGUCGGCAAUAGAGUAAGGGCGUAGGUUUGGUCUCAACAUUGGUAGGGACGUUAUACCAGCAUUACUUGCAUGUACACUUUUUGCUUGGGACAUUAAUAAGACCAAACAGAUUGGGUGAAUGGGGGUCAAGAAUACAUUUCCCACGAAUAUGAACCUAAUUAAUUGAUAGGCUAAAUCAGGGUUGCUCAUUACGUCAAUCGCAACGCUGGUGUGCGGCAUCAAACAAACAAAAAUAAUAGAAAAAAAAACAGCAGCAUGUGUGUUGUUUGACUGUCAACACUUUCCUGUGAAACACAGACUGGGAUCUCUCUCUCUCUCUCUAAGUAACGUCUUGCUCACGUUGUUCUGGUUCUAUAGUUUUCAGCAGUGUUCAACACAUUUCCCACAGUUUAAUUAAUGUUAAUAGGACAAAACACAAACAAGGGGACACUUCUUUCUAAGCAGCUUCCUACUUGAGUUUGGAGGUUAGCAAAUUCACACAGUUUAAUGUUAUGCUAACUCUGAUGCAGGUCGGUCUUUCAGCAUAGCAAAAUUAGUGGUGUGGUUCCCACCUUCACAACAUUGACUUAAAAUGUUUUUUAUUUUUUUUAAUUUUUAUUUUUACAUUACUUACAGUGGCUGCGGCAGCCAAAAAAACUUCUAAUAUCCCUCCCCUUUGAAAGAGAACGCUGCAUGUUCCCUGUCGGAACUGUGUAAAGUGUUAGCGUGGACGUGUGUGUGUGUGGCGGGGGUGGGUUUCAACGAAUCAAACGUGCGUUUGAGGGAAAAAAUGGACCGGCAGAUUCAGCAAGUGAAAAGGGGUAGAUUUAAGUCCGAACAUAAUGAAAAUAAUUCACUUUAUAUUGGUUAAAUCAUAUGGGAAGACAAUCCAAAUUACCUAGAGUAUAUAACCGAAGCCAUUAUAUACUGCAUAUGAGGUUGGUUAAAAGUUGGUGGGGCCAAUUUGAGCAUCCUCAAAAGUAUGUAGUGUUAUGUCCCUACGGUUCUAUGCAAACCUACGCCUUUGCAAUAGACAUCCAAUUCAUUUAAACGUGGAGGGUUGAAAAAGAUAAGAAUAGAAAAAGUUAAUGCUCUUUUUUUUUUUAAUUGUAUUCU